CAAAACUUAAAUGUGAACUACGUCAUUCAAAAUUUCUUCUUUCUUUUCAGCAUAGAAGUUUAUUCGUUAAAUCAAAAGAAAAACUCAAUUUUUCUAUUGAAUAUUAUUUGAUUAAUUUCAUGGCUUAAGGAAAUAUAGAAUCCUUCUCCUUCUCAAAUUCUCCUAUAAAUCAACCCUUCACGUCAAAACUAGCUUGCUACACUUAACAUAUCAACCAAUGGGUCGUGUCACUACUCCAUCCGAGGAGGAUUCAAACAACGGUUUACCGGUUCAGCAACCCGGUACACCGAACCAGCGAACCAGAGUUCCCGUGAGUCAAUUCGCGCCGCCGAAUUAUCAGCAAGCUAAUGUUAACCUAUCUGUUGGGAGGCCAUGGAGCACUGGUUUGUUUGAUUGUCAAGCAGACCAAGCCAAUGCCGUUUUGACCACAAUUGUACCUUGUGUAACAUUUGGACAAAUAGCAGAAGUGAUGGAUGAAGGAGAGAUGACUUGUCCUCUUGGAACUUUCAUGUACUUAUUGAUGAUGCCGGCUUUAUGCUCUCACUGGGUGAUGGGAUCAAAGUAUAGAGAAAAAAUGAGGAGAAAAUUUAAUCUUGUGGAAGCUCCAUAUUCAGAUUGUGCCAGUCAUGUCCUAUGCCCUUGUUGCUCUCUUUGUCAAGAAUACAGAGAGCUCAAGAUUAGGAAUCUUGAUCCUUCUCUAGGUUGGAAUGGGAUACUUGCUCAAGGACAAGGACAAUAUGAGAGAGAAGCACCAAGUUUUGCUCCUACAAAUCAAUAUAUGUCUAAGUAAACAUUUGAUUUUAGUUGACUUCCAUAUUUAUUAAAACAUUAUUUGUGGACCAUUGUACAAUGAAAGUGUGCUAUAUUAAAAUUUGCAAUGCAAGUGUGAGAUUGAUAAUAUUUUUCUUUUCGUUUUGUGGUAGCUAUCUUAUAGAAUAAUUACAUCUGUAUUCUUUUGAAUAGCAAUAAAAAGGUAUAUUUGUGUUAGAAAAAUGAAUUUCGAUAAUUACAUUAGUGUAAUAUUUUUUUUCAAAGUUACGAGUUUGGACUAUAUAGAAAAGACUAGUUAAACCUGUUUUAAUCAUCAAAAAGAUUAUGGAUCAAAAGUCGAAAAUAUCUUAAGGUUUCAGUUUUCAAACUAUUAUUAUUUAUAUCUGUUCAUAUAAACAAUCUUAGAGGGAUCUUCCGAGAAAGUUCAAGUGUUUUGAGAAUCCAUAUUUUGAUUUUGACUUUCUCUAGUUUUCGUCUCUGUUUUGCAUUGAAGUUUUUUUCUGUUGACAAAAAAAGAAAGUAUCUUCCAAGAAAGAAAGAAAAAACUUACAAAAGGAUAUAUUGUGAAUGGAGUCCAUGAAAAAAAGUCUGUUGGCAAAACUAUAAAUUAUCCUUUCUAAAUAGCUGUUUAGAGGAAACACCAGGAAAAGAAGA